AUGGACAGUGCGGCAAGUGAUAUCGAGGUAGAAUUAUCCGACAGCGUCUCAGCUGGAGGGGAAGAAUACAAUGACGAUGAUGAGUACACAGAGGAUUUCGACGAUAAGAUAGUCACAAGCAAAUCCUCCAGAAGGACAGCGCGUAAAAGAGAGCCAAAAGGGAUAAGAACUUCAAAACGGAUCAGAAACAAAGAAGUGACCGGUGAGGUUGAUGAGGAGUAUGACGAAGAUGAGGAAGUGUUGAGUCCUUCCAAGAAGCGCCAUUUACAUACCAGAUCAAUGGAUAAAAGGCCAGGUGCCGCAACAGCUUUAGAAAAUUCUGAUAUUGAAGAUGCUAAAACCAAUGACGAUGCCAUGGAGGAAGUUAUUACGGAAGAAGAAGAUUUAGAGGAAGAGGUAAGUGGAGGUGAAGAUAAAGAUAACAUCGCAAAGGAUGAAGGGGUUGAUUACGAUCAGAACGAUGUUGUGCAAGAUGGGGAAGCAGAGCAAGAUGGGGAGUCUGGAGGCUAUGAAGAUAAUGAAGCCAGUAUUAGCAAGGAGUCAGACGAAGUGGAGUCUGCGAUGAAUGGAAAUGGAAACGAAGAGGACUUUGAAGUUGAAGCAACAAAAGAAAAUACAGCAGAUUCUACCAGAAGUACUACAACUCGAAGCAAGAUGCUACUAGACUUGCUGGAAGACGGCGGCUCUAAAAAGAAGUUAACAGAUGAAGAGAUUCAGUUACGAAGAGCUGAAAAUGCUCGUAAACGGAAAAAUCUCAGUGAAAAGAGAUUAGAAGAAGAAAAACAAGACACGAUCAACAAGCUUUUGAAGAAAAGGGCCGGAAAGUCUAGGAGUCACCUACCGAAUGAUGAUGAUAACAAUGAUGGCUUUUCAAGUUUUGUGAAACCGCGCAGGCCUUAUAAUAGUGGCGGUAUGACAAGAGUUUUGAGGAGAUACAAGGAAGAUUUAUUCUGUACAUUUUAA